AUGAGUAGAUUGACCCAUUACGGAAUAGAUUUAGUUUUAAUAUCAAUAAUAUUAGCAGGAAUUCAUAGAAAUACAGGAUUACAAUUUGAUACACUGCAUUUUAAUUCAAUAGAUAUAAGAAGAUGGUUUGGUAAUUAUUUACAUUUCGGUGAAAUUUGUUAUGAUAAAUUAGUUUCAGUGUUGAAAUUUUCAGGAUAUUUUAAACAAAGAAACUUGAUAUUGGAUAAUUUGAAAUUACAAGGUGAUAAGAUUUUGAAAGAACAGACCGGAAGAGAUGCUGAUGAUUAUUUACAUAAAAAGUGA